CUGAGCCUGGCGGGAGGAGGUGGCUGCAGGGCCGUUGCUAGGAUAUAGCCGCAACACAGAAGAAGGCGGGCGCGGACGCCGCUUCCUCCGAGCGCUUCCUGAGAAACCUCUGCGACCCGAGUAGCUGCUUUUCUCAGUCAGGAAAAUGUCUGAUCAGGAAGAAGAAUUUGAUUCUCAGAAUGUUGUUAAUGCAUCAGAAGAAAAUGAAGAUGCUUUUGGGAUUAUCAGUAUUCCAGUUCCCCCAGAAGAGUUUCCAGAGUCAGAUCAAACAGAAGAUAAUGAAUCUGAAGUUGAACCAUCCAGUGAGGGCCCUACAACACAUGUUAAGGAGGAAAGUUACCAGAGCUUAUCAAAUGUGGAACCAGAAGAUGAAGAACAACUCAUGGAAGAAGCUUUGUUGCCCAAACAAGUUUCAUAUUCUCCCAGAAAUUCUACAGAGCACUAUGUAACUAAAGAUGAUAAUGCAAUGCAGUCAGCCAAACAGUAUUCAAAUGCUGGAUCCCUGGCAUUUCUGGAUAAGAUAAAGGCCAUAAAGGAAUCUCUGAAAGCAUCAGUGAAAGAUCCUUUAGCAACAGUAAAAGUUGUACUUUUUCCUCUGGGCCAGGAAAUUAUAAUGCCUUUUAAAAUAGACAUCAUUGUAAAAUACCUCAAGGAUCAUUUUUCAUACCUACUGAAGAUCCCAUCUAAUGUACUGCAGAUAAGAUAUUCAGGAAUGAUUCUUAAAAAUAAUGAGACUCUACUGCAACAUGGAGUUAAGCCACAAGAUAUUGUACAAGUGGAAAUUUUUUCUACAGAUCCAGAUCUAUUUCCAAUCAAAAGAAUACAUGGAUUAAAUGAUGCCUCUCAAAUCAUAACUGUCAGAGUACAAACUGGUAUUACUGAGUACCAGGAGGUAGCUGUUGAGAUUAUAAAAUCUGACUUUCACAAACCAUUUCUUGGUGGAUUCAGACAUAAAAUAACAGGAAUAGAAUAUCACAAUGCUGGAACACAAACUGUACCUAAAAAGAUUCCCGAAAAAGACAAUGUAUUUUGUAGGGAUACCCAGACAGUUUUUCAGAGAAAAAAGCUCCAACAGACUACAAAUACAACAUCCACACAGAUGACUAAAAUUGGUGUGUAUGUAUCAAAUAUGACUGAUAAACUGAUAACACCAGGAAAAUAUUUUUCGGCAGCAGAAUACCAUGCUCAAAGAUUACAGGCGGUAAUAGUGCUACAGACUUACUAUAGACAAUGGCAUGCUAAGGUUGUGGUAGAGAAUUUAAAAAGACAGAAAAUGUUAAGAUUGAAGUGGGAAGCAGAGGAAGAACUAAGGAAGGUACGAGAAAAAGAAGAAUGGAUCAAAUUGGACUAUUACCGGAGGCAUAAUCCUCAAACAAAAGAAGAUUUUGAGCUUCUUUAUAAUGCACUGGAACUCUGGAAGCAAGAAGAAUUUGCACGCAUUAACCAGUCUUUCACUGGAGCUGAAAGGAAAGCUGCUUUGUGUGAACUUCUGGAAAAAGAGACCCAGAUAAUUGCUUCCAUUGGGAGGCAUAGAUACAUCGCAUAUAUAGCAAACCGGGAAGCAUUGAUACAAGCUUUUUUGGAUAAGUGUUCAGCUCCAAAGGUAUGGAGAACAUUUAGUGGCAAAAUAAUUGAGAUGGAUACACAGUUCACCAUCAGAGCCAGAGAGCUGCAGAACAUCUAUAAAUGCAUUAUGCUGAAAAAUAUCUCUCAAGAUGAAAGGCUGGAUGUACUCCUAACUCUUAAACAUACUGUGAAGGAACAUGAAUGUAAACUGACUCAGGAAAUUCUAGAACUGAUUGACAGAGAGGUGGACCUUAUGAUGAGAGGAGUCAAACAUCAUAAUCUUGAAGGACUCAGAAAAAGAAUUGCAACACUCUUUUCUCAUUAUAUCAAAACACCUCUAUUUAAUCCAGAAGUUGCAAGACAUCUUAAGGUCCCUCAAGACCCAUUGAAGUUUUAUAAGAAGAUUUACUUUUGCCACGGUUGCCAGCUCUAUUUGCCUUCCACAGAGUUUGCUGUCUCAUCCACCUUACACCGCAUAUACCGGUGCCGUCACUGUAUUUACCUUGACAAUGAGACUCGACAACGAGAAUCAUUUUUGAAGUACAAAUGUUUACUUCAGCGGCUCUACUAUUCAGAAGCUGAUUAUGAAGAUGAUUCCAAAAUUGCUUUCCUGAUGCAGCUACAAGAUAUUCAGUACCUGGUAGAGAACAUCUGGGCAUCGCAGUCAGUGCUCAGUGCCUGGAAGGAUCUCAACGAUCUGGUCAUGGUCAGGUGGGAUAAGUCCUUGGAAUGGUCCCCCUGGAACUGCAUUCUUCUUACCAAAGAUGAAGGUGUUGCUCAUCUCAAGCUAACAAAUAUUGAAGAGGGAUAUGAACCCUUGUUUAUUCACAAGAUCAAACACAAACAUAUCCUGGCUAAGAACUAUUUUUCUCAAAUUCCAGUGCUGGCUUCAUUUGUACUUGAUGAUGGUGAAAUAGAUGAGAUCAGAAAGAAAUAUCACUCAGAAACAGCUCCUAAGAUUAUAGUGUCCCAGAGGUCUAGUCCCUAGAAGAUCCAGGACUACUUGAUGAUCAGCAUUUUUGUCCACUGCUAAUAGAGGAAUACAGCGGCUACACAGUAUGGAAAUAGAAUUUUAUCUUUUUAUUGAUUUUAAUUGUUUUUUGUUUCUCAUAGUAUCAUAAGUUGUAUGAAGACAAAACAUCCCUAUAUAAAUGUUUUAUUGUUAGACAUUUCGUGAAAACUGAAAUACAGUUUUGUUCCUGAAAUUAAUAUUUUAAGGCAAAGAGAACA